UUUGAUUGAUAAAAGUGAACGUCAAAUCAAAGCCAAAGCUGCAGAAAAAAGUAUUUAAUUUUAUUAUAAGUAGUUCUUAAUUGAUAUUUUCCUAUUUUAACAGAGUUUGAUUAUACAUAAGUGAUUUAAUAAAAUGUCGUGUCGUAAUGCAUCUCAUGCUGGUAGCUGGUACACUGAGAAUGGUAGCGAACUGUCAAGACAGUUAGACCUCUGGUUAUCUAAAGCUGACCUCACACAUGGGCCUGCAAGAGCUAUUAUAGCACCGCAUGCGGGUUAUUCUUAUUGCGGCGCGUGCGCUGCUUACGCGUAUAGACAAGUCAGUCCUGUUGUGGUUAAACGAAUCUUCAUCUUGGGCCCCUCUCAUCACGUGAGGCUGGGAGGUUGCGCGCUUUCUUCUCUGGAUAAAUAUCAGACGCCACUCUACGAUCUUACUAUAGACAAACAGAUUUAUUCGGAGUUGGAAGCGACGCGUCAAUUCGAAUGGAUGGAUGUACAGACAGACGAAGACGAGCAUUCUAUAGAAAUGCAUUUACCUUACAUCGCUAAAGUUAUGGAAGAAUAUAAAACGGGUUUCACAAUUAUACCUAUAUUAGUUGGAUCUUUAACACCAGAGAAAGAAGCUAAAUACGGGUCAAUUCUGGCUCCAUAUCUCGCGGACCCUCAGAACCUGGUGGUGGUGUCAUCAGACUUCUGUCACUGGGGCUCCCGCUUCAGGUACACGUGGCGGGACCCUGCGCGGGGACACAUCUAUGAGAGCAUCGAGUGGCUAGAUACACAGGGUAUGAACAUAAUAGAGAAGAUGGAUCCCCGCGCGUUCACAGAGUAUCUCAACAAGUAUGGAAACACCAUCUGUGGGAGACAUCCUAUUGGAGUGUUACUUCAGGCGAUAUCAAAACUGCAAAGUCAAUCAAAUUCACCUAAAAUGUCGUUGAAAUUUCUUAAAUACGCACAAUCCUCUCAAUGUAUGAAUCACCAAGACUCCUCCGUUUCCUAUGCGAGUGCAUCACUCGUGUUUGAAUAGAAUAACAACACUAGUUGUAACUCGCGACUUUAUCCGCGUGGAAUUAUAUUAUAACCUAUGUUACUCACAGAUAAAUUACCUUUCUAACUGAGAAAGAAUUUUUCAAAUCGGACCAGUAGUUUUUGAGUUAUUUCAAUACAUACCAAAAUUAUCAAAAAUCUAUCUUUUUUUUAAUAUUAGUAUAGAUGUAUCCAAAUUUUUUGACAUAUGUCAAAAUAGUUUUCUAGCGAACUGUCACUGUCAGAAUUCUUGUGAGUUAGACUUACAAGGAUCUUAUGGUAAUUGUCAAUUUAGUAAAGUAAAAAUUUUUGAAAGCGUCAUAUUUUGACCAAUAAAUUACACGGAAUAUAGAUAUUAUUUUAAUAACGAUAAAAAAAAGAUUGUGUAUAUUUUUGUUUUGAAGUUGGGAAUUUUUUGCUCACUGGCAACACUAAAAACUAUCAGAUGCCCUGUCAAAGUCAAAAAAUUGCCAUAAAAUUCUUGUAGGUUUAUAUUCAUUAUAAAACCAUUUUUAUAUAAAUGUUAUAUCAUAGUAAAGAUAUUUCGCUGAACAAAAUCUUUUUUACUAAAAUAUCUUAUUCGUUACUUAAAUGUUCUUUGAAAAUGUUAAAAAUUUUUUGCUUUUCGAAUUUUAGAACGAAUGUAUAACAGCUUUAAAUUAACUCAAUUUUGAUUUCGUAAAAAUAUAUUAAAACAUGUAUAAGAAAUAAUUUAGUGUAUGUCACAAAAAUAAGUAUAUUUUUUUUCGUACAUUUUUGUUAAAAAAAAUAACAAAAUCACUUUAUUUUACUUAUUUUAAGAAAAGAUUAGAAUUUAUUUGCAAAUAAGUGAUGUAUUUCUUAUUGUUAUUUAAUAAACGCAAU